GCGCCGCUGAUUACGUAAUGCCGCGGUGGCUGAGGCGGUUCCGCUGGCUGCUGUGUGCGCGGCGAGCGAGUCCUGGUGCGGCCAGCUCGGCUCCGACAGCGCCCGAGACCCCGGUCCCGACCCCAGCCGCGGCCCGGCCGCCGCCUGAACAUGGACUCCGCAGGCCAAGAUAUCAACCUGAAUUCUCCUAACAAAGGUCUGCUGUCCGACUCCAUGACAGAUGUCCCUGUCGACACCGCGGUGGCCGCCCAGACUCCUGCUGUUGAGGGUCUGACGGAGGCUGAGGAGGAGGAGCUUAGGGCUGAGCUCGCAAAGGUGGAAGAGGAAAUUGUCACUCUGCGCCAGGUCCUGGCAGCCAAGGAGAGGCACUGUGGAGAGCUGAAAAGGAAGCUGGGCCUCUCCGCCUUGGAGGGCCUGAAACAGAACCUGUCCAGGAGCUGGCGUGAUGUGCAGGUCUCUACCGCCUAUAUGAAAACCUCUGAGAAACUUGGCGAGUGGAAUGAGAAAGUGACCCAGUCAGACCUCUACAAGAAGACUCAGGAAACUUUCUCUCAGGCGGGACAGAAGACGUCCGCUGCCCUGUCCACUGUGGGCUCUGCCAUCAGCAGAAAGCUCGGAGAUAUGAGAGCCCGUCCGUUCUCCCACUCGUUUAGCAGCAACUCUUCAAUCCGCCACUCGAUAAGUAUGCCAGCCAUGAGGAAUUCUGCGACCUUUAAGUCCUUUGAAGACCGAGUUGGGACCAUAAAGUCUAAGGUUGUAGGUGGCAGAGAGAAUGGCAGUGACCACCUUCCCUCCCCGACGGGGAGUGAUGACAAGCCCCUGCCCGACCACACGCCCUUCUAAGCCCGUCGCAGCUUUGCCCAGCCUCGGAGCACGUGCAGGCCCACCCGUCAUCACCACAACCGCACCUCUGCAGCGGGACAGCCGGCCAGGCCGUGGGCGAGCGUGCAGAGCUGGUUUUGAGGACAGUCGUGCCGUUGACACGUGGACCUGGCUGCUGCGCUCGCAUGAGUUAGAGAACACAGUUUUGUACGCAGAUGCUUUACACUGAAGUUGGUAGACGCAGGACCACUGUGCCGUCCGUCCUGGGCUGCAGGGGUGGACAGGGCAGUGGGCCCUUUGGGAAUCUGGUGGGUUCGUGAGAACGUGGAAGGGACGGGAGAGUGAUACGCGCAAAAUAAGUGGUAUUUCCUAAAACCUCUCCUUCCCUAAGUUCUAGAAGGAAUGUACAGAAGGAAGAUUCAUCCAGAGAGUCCUACCUGAUCCUGUUUUUAUUUCAAACGCUAAACAAGAAAACUGUGCAUUUUCUGAAACCCUCCAGAAAAGAAACUGGUUAUCAGCAACUGCCUAAUUGUUACACUAAUGAUCUAGCUUUAACGAAAGCAAAUUCUUUAUUUUUUAAAUGCAGUGAAUUUUUCAAAAAUUAAAGCUAAGCGAAGCUUUAGUCUCAUAGUUAGGAAACAUUAUUUCUUUGGACUCAAGCUGAAAUACAAGCCUUACAUCGCCUUAUGCUUUGUUUGUUUAUAAUGUUUUUAUAUAUAAAAAUAAGGGUUCUUUAGUGGGUUUUGACACUGUGUAGACUUGGGCAUCUGGCUUGAGGGUGGCCUGGACCAUUGGUGUGUUUUAUUUCACUGAUGGGCUUCAUCCAGCGUAUGAAGCUUGUUUCUCUCUCCUCUCAAGGACUGGGACAGCUGCUGGCCAGAGGGCUCCUGGGCCUCCCUGGGGCAGGAUGCGGGGCAGGAGAAAGAAAAGCAAGCCUGCCCGCCCCUUCCCCCCCACCCCCCCCCCCCCCACCCCCAGUGGCUGAUGCAUUCAUUACUGGCCAUCUGUAUGCAUCAGAAUGCAUUACUGCAUUCAUCAGCUCCAACCCGCUCAUCUGUCCCACACGGGGGCUGAGUGAGGAGCAGGUGGGCUGCACAGAGGUCACCUGGAGCUCUGCUGUUGCCUUUUCUCAGGAGCUACACAGAUCUCAUUCCCGUUUUGAGGCUGCCACACCCCAGCAGUCUCUUGGGGCCCCACUUGGGGGGUGUGUCUGCAGGGGCAGCUCCGUGCCUUACUGGCUGGCUCUCAGCAGGCAGAGACGUCCCCUGUGCGUGCAUCUGUGUGCUCGCUGCAGGGAGCAGCCGUGCCCGUGGGCUCUGUGCUGGCAGACCGUGCUGUGCUCCCUGGUACCCUGAGUGCUGCUCACUUCAGACACCCUGGGGCGGGGGGGCUGUCGUCCGUGCCUGUGCCAUGGGAAGAACACCAUUGGGGUUUUUUUCUCCAGGGUUAGAAUCUCAGAUGGGGUGUGGUGAGAAGGCAGGAUUCAAGCGUAGGAACAUUUAUCUUUUCCUCAAGGAAAUAAUGGGUAAUUUGUCAAUAAAGCAUUCCUUUGGGGAAGAACCUA